GGAAUAAAUCGCACUCCGAAGGGCACUUUGAAGGGAGAACAUUCGUGAUAGUCAUGUUGGAAGAUGACUUCAAACAGAAUGGAUGAAUGGAGCAUGCCAUAAACAGGCUGUGCAGCGAGGGAAGCAUGAGCUCCUUAAAAUAUCGUGCCUGUUGGAACAUCCACAGAGUUGCAAAUUACUCCCAAAGGCUUUGUGAAAGCAACAUAAGGAUAUCCUUCACAGAGCCUCUCUCAGUCAGUCUGACAACCCAGUUCAGUAAGCUGACAUGAACACUCAGUGUCAGACAUGCCACAAAAUAUUCAGAAUCGUCUGACUGGGCAAAGGGAAGUAAUUAAAUGUAGACUGAAGAAACUGAAAGGCAAACAAAAAGAAAUCAAAACAAAGUCCUCUGCGAUGAGAGAAAGCAUAAUGAAGAAAUAUGAAGAGAUGCGCAGAGUUCUAGAGGAGGACUGUAGGAUCACUCUAUCCCUGCUGGAGAUGGAGGAGACAGCUACAAUUCAAGCACUGGAAAACCUCAUUGAGAUGAACUGUGUCCUUCUCAAAGACAUUGAGUUUCAACUGAAUGAAGGGCUGAUGGACAGUGGCAUGCAGUCUGGGGACAGGGUCACAAUGUAUGAGAACAGGGUAAUGGAAUUGCUAACAGCAACAGAACCAGGUCUCAUAAAACUUGAUGAGGCCAAAGCAGAUCAGUUACUGGGCCUCACCAACAAUCUACUGCUGUUCAUUCGUUCACAGACCCCCAUUGCUAAGAGACUGCUGAAGAGCUAUUACACAGAAGUGUCCCUGGAUCCUACCACUGCCCACCCAAAGCUGAUUAUUUCAUCUCCAGGGGACUGUGCCACUUUCACAGAUGUUUGGCAGGAUGUCCCUGAGCAAGAGGGACGCUUUGAUACCACCCUUAAUGUCCUCAGCCUCCAGUGCUGGAACUCUGGCCGCCAUUACUGGGAGGUAGAUGUGAGUGGAAAGAUCUACUGGGAGCUGGGACUCACCUACCCUUCCAUCCCUAGAAAAGGGCAAAAGGAGGAUUGCUGGCUGGGCCGGCAUGCUGAUUCCUGGUGUCUGGAAUACUUUGAUGGAGACUAUAAUGCCUGGCAUGGAGGUACUGCCCAUCCUUUGCCCAUCUCCACUUGCUUCCAUAAGAUAGGGAUCCUCUGCAGCUUUCCCGGGGGUCUUGUGACAUUUUUAGGGGUUGAUAGCAUGAUGCCACUGUUCUCAUUCUGUGCUGGGACAUUUACAGAUUCUCUGCAUCUGGCUCUAUGUCCAGGUCAUGAUCUUCAGGGGACAAACUCAAAACCUAUUAAGAUCUGUCAAUCCUAACCAUCUUUAAAAACUUACACCUGUGAUGCAUAAUGUGUAGAAGGGCAAGUUUCUUAGCACAGGUUGGUUUGCACAAAGAUAUUUCUGCAGUUUUGUUAUUUUGUUUCAACAAAAUAACAUUGGGUCUGCUACAAUUAUGUUGUAACAAUUCUAUUUAGUUUUUGUAGGGAACUUUGAGAGCAACAAUUGAUUACUUUGAACAACACUCUUAACUUGCAGACCUUUUAAUGUGAUCUCAACACAAAACUGAAAGUAGUAUGAUCAUGUUAGCACAAUUGAAUUAAUCAUCAGUAAGAAUAAUUGUGAUUGCCCAUAUAGACAUAUGAUAUAUAGCAAAAUAUGUAAAACACAAAUUCUGAGACCCAGUAAAAUGUCAAUUUUUUUUAAUGUCAAUAUAGUGUCUGUGGCAUAAAAAACAUCACAAUAAUUUUUCCAAUUUUAUUUGAUGUCCUUUGUAGAGGACGUCAGAACCUGGUGACUAUAUGAAAAUGAAGGAAUGUUUUUUCCAUAAAAAGUUUUAAGUUUUGAGCUAAUUUUUAACACUGCCUUAAAGAAAAUAUCUAUAUAAACAAUGUUUAUAUGGUGUUUUUCUUAUUGCACUCCUGUAAACAUGUGAAUUAGCAGUGCCUGCAUUUAAUCAGUGUACAAUUAUAAUGAGUGUUUGUCAGCACUCUGGAACUGCAAUCUCAUUUCAUAGGAAUAUCUCAUAUUUUAUAGAAAUAUGGUUAUUUUAUUGGUUUACCCUUUUCACCUGCAUUGUUACCCAGAGGUGAAAACACAAGUAUUGAGUCCCCAUGUCCCCUACAGAGGACAUCAAAGAAAUCAAUGCCUUUCUUGUAAAAAUACAUUUAUAAAAUAAAAAAUAAAAAUAAAAAAAGAAUCAUAUCCUGCUUUGGAAACUCACUCAUUUUUUUCUUGAGAUGCAUAUUUACAUUUAAAAAAAGAAAGAAAAGAAAUACAGUCAAAUAUUAUUUGUAAGUACAAAAUAAUACACAUAUUGUUAAUCUGUUAAUAAAAUGUGCUGAAUUGUGAUGUAAGAAAUUUUUUGGCCAAACCUUAAAACAUUAGGUAUCUCUGAAAUGUCCAGGGUCUUUACUUUAAGAUUUACAACUGUGGCAUUUAUGGGCUCCGAGAAAUAUGAAAACCACAAUGUCCCCUA